AUGCAACCAAUUCUAAAGUUCAUCCAACGAUGUCCGUGCAGUGUUUUUAUGAUGCCAAAACGAACAGUAACAGCAGAUACUACUACGCGUUGGCGAACCGCUUAUGGUGGACGAAAUACAGUAACACUAAUUCAUGGUGAUGGAGUAGGUCCAGAAUUAAUGGAAUAUGUCAAAGCGGCUAUUAGAUGUGUUCGUGCUCCUGUUGAUUUUGAAGAUAUUCCAUUGUCAAGUCAUGUGGCUAGUGAUGAAAUGUUUGAGCGAGCAGUGAUGGCUGUUAAAAGAAAUGGAGUUGCCUUAAAAGGAAAUAUAUCCUCGCAAAAUACACUGCGUUCACUUAAUGUUCUGUUGAGAACUCGUUUGGAUUUAUUUGCCAAUGUGAUUCGUUGUAAAACAAGUCCCGUAGUUCAAACUCGUCACAAAGAUAUCGAUAUACUAGUGAUUCGAGAAAAUACGGAAGGAGAAUACAGUAGUUUAGAACAUGAAAGUGUUCCAGGUGUUGUUGAAUCAUUAAAAAUUAUCACACGUAUUAAAUCAAUGAAAAUUGCACGUUUUGCGUUCAAACUAGCUCAAGAAGAUGGUAGAAAAAAGGUGACAGCUGUACAUAAAGCAAACAUCAUGAAAUUGAGCGAUGGCUUAUUUAUUGAUUGUUGUAGAGAAGUCUCACAGGACUAUCCCGAUAUUGCAUUUGAUACAAUGAUUGUCGAUAACACAUGUAUGCAGCUUGUUAAAACGCCUCAUCAGUUUGACGUCAUGGUUAUGCCUAAUUUAUAUGGGAAUAUUAUCGCAAAUGUAUGUGCUGGUCUUGUCGGCGGUUCAGGCUUUGUGGCUGGAAGUAAUUAUGGUGAUCAUUAUGCUAUUUUUGAACAAGGCACACGUAAUACGGGUAUGGGUAUUGCUGGCAAGGAUAUUGCCAAUCCAUGUGGGAUGCUAUUUGCGGCUGCUAAUAUGUUAGAAUAUCUUGGACUAGAAAAGCAUUGUUCAGCAAUUAAAAAUGCUGUAUUAAAUACAAUUCAAGAACAUAAAUUAAAAACACCAGAUAUUGGUGGAAAUGCAACGACAUCAAAAUUUGUUGAAUGUAUGCUCAAAGAAAUAGACAAAUUAACGCCAACUAUAGGUUUCAGUUAUGAAAUGCAAAAUUUUGAUAUUGGACUUCAUUAUAAGAAUAUUACUUGA